AUUGGAACUUGCUGGAAACAAGCAGGUACAGUACAUGUUACCUUCUUCAUCUGGCCCGCCGAUAUAAUGGUGAUUAACCUUGACCCUGCUGCCUCGGCCCGGACAGCAAUCGGGUGGAGGACCUCCAGACCCGAGCAACCACUACGAUACUAUGAUAUAUCAAUUCAGAGGGAGCACAAAUUAGACCAUUCCAAACUCAAAAUCAACCUUUUAUUCAGCUCCGCAAUACCUUUGAUCAGGCUAGAAUUAAAGGGCCUGCUUCCGUCCUUCUCUUGAUGCAAUUCCUCCUACUUCCUCCAACUCUCCGUCUGAUAAUCUUAAGGCUUCGUUGACCAUUAGCGAUCUCUCACAAACCGAAAACCACCAUAUAACUAUCAUACAUACACGACCACCACCAACUCUCCGCUGUGCCAGCAAGCAAACUCCGAACCCAAUCUAAAGUCUGAAAUGGCUUCCGAUCUUUUAAUCCCCUUCAGUUCGACUCCGGUGGAGUCCAUCGCCCCGGCAGUUUCACGUGUCCAAAACACUUUCACAUCGCUCAAGACGCAUCCUCUUGCCUAUCGUGAGGAGCAGCUACGCAAACUCUACUGGGGUGUCAAAGACAAUGAACAACGGCUCAUCCAAUCCCUUAAUGCUGACCUCGGCAAGCCUUAUUUUGAGGCCGUGACAGUAGAAAUAGAUUGGAUUGGUGCCGAGAUCCUCUACGUGCUCAAAAAUCUCAGAAAAUGGGCUGCAGAUGACAAGGUGGAUUUACCCUUUCUGCACAGGCUUGUCUUGUCCCCGCGUAUUCGGAAAGAGCCCAUGGGAGCGGUUUUGGUUAUCGGAGCCUUCAACUACCCAGCUCAGUUGGUUUUGGUUCCCCUCAUAGGUGCGAUUGCUGCUGGAAACACUGCCGUUAUUAAACCAUCAGAGCAAGCUCCGAAUUCGGCAGCCAUCAUCACUCAAAUCGUAGAGAGCGCUCUUGACCCCGAAGCCUAUGCUGUCGUCAACGGUGGCAUCCCCGAGUCGACCGAGCUUCUAAACCAAAAGUUUGAUAAGAUCUGCUACACAGGAAAUGCCGCGGUUGGUCGUAUCAUUGCUGCUGCUGCUGCAAAACACUUGACCCCGGUGCUUCUAGAACUUGGAGGCCUGAAUCCCUUGCUGCGAAAAGAAUUGCCUGGGGGAAAGUUCACAACUUGGGACAAGUUUGCCUUUGCCCCAACUAUGUCAUUAUACACCCCUCUCUUGAGGCCGAAUUUGUCGGCGCAUACAUCCAGGCCCUGA